AUCCUUCGUUCCGUCGGGACCUGUGAUAAUUGUUUGUGCGGUGAUACACAAGGUACGCGACAUGGCUGUGGCCCACGUAUUUAUACGAGCUCGCCUUUGAGGACGGAGACUCGUUUGCCCUCAGGUCCCACCUCCUUUGCAUCACCCCUUCGUAGCCCAAAGGAAGGCUGGAGAUGGUCGCCACGUCCUCACAGCUACCGGCCGCCGCCAUGUCCCCCGAAUCCGACAAGGACAUCGAGGAGGCGCGCAUCGAGGAUCCCAACACCGAGGGCACGCGUUUCCAAGCUGCCUUGGGCGAACGCGCACGGCGGAGGCAGUUCUUCUCUCGUCUGGACACUGAAGUCGCGGACGCCGUGAACAAGGAUGCGGAGACGGUAGAGUUCACGGCGGACGAGGAGAAGACAGUGCGGAGGAAGAUCGACCGACGGGUCCUGUCGCUGGUUAUCGGGAGUUAUCUCUUCAACCAAUUCGAUCGUACUAAUAUCGGAAACGUCCACACUGUGGCAGCAUUCAAUGAGAACUAUGGCGUCACGAACAACAACAAAUGGACCCUCGCGUUGAGCGUCUUCUACAUCGGAUACUGCCUGCUUGAGAUGCCUGCCAACGUGCUACAACGCCGAAUCGGCGCCAACAGGUUCUUCUUCAUGUCACUUACCUGGUGGGGCCUGUCUUCGCUAUCGUUCGUGUAUGCGAAGAGCUACACCGGGUUGUUGAUUCUGCGGGUCCUCCUUGGCAUCGGCGAGGCGGGAUACUACGCGGGCAUGGUGUACUACCUUUCCUUUUGGUAUAAACGACACGAACUCGCUAUGCGGAUCAGUAUCUGUAUGACCGGCACAUACCCAGGCGCCAUUAGCGGCUUGAUCGCCUUCGGCCUGCUCCGAGUGCACACGUCGGUUCUGAAAGGAUGGCAAUUCCUCUUCCUCCUCGAGGCCAUCCCGACCAUCAUCAUGGCAUCCCUGUUGCUGGUGUUCCUCCCUUCGUUCCCGUUCACCGCCUCGUUCUUGACGCCCCGCCAGAGAGCGAUCGCUCAGGCACGCCUGAACCGAGACCAGAAACCGACGUCGCACGGGGGCAUGGGCGCCUUCCGCGCAUUCACCCUCGUCGUGUCUGACCUCAACGCAUGGCUCCUCAUGGUCAUCUACUGCGGGUUCAAUGUUGGCACUGCGACGAUCACAUACUUCCUGCCUACGCUCAUCGUCGAGCUCGGAUUCAGCGGUAUCGACGCCCAGGGCAUGACAGUCGCACCGUACUUCGCAGGGUGGUUCCUCGUGGUCUUCCAGGCGUGGCACUCGGAUCGUACGCGCGAUCGUGGCUGGCACGUCAUGCUGUCCACGGCGAUCGCAUUCAUCGGCUACCUCAUUCUUGCCACGAGUGUGCAGAAGAGCGUCGGCGCGGGCUACUUCGCAUUGUUCCUCGUUGUUGGCGGGAACUUCAGUCUGUUCCCAUUGGUGAUGAGCUGGGCAGCGAACUGUUUCUCGCCGACUCCCAAGCGUGGUGUGGGCACCGCGUUCAUCGUGUCCAUCGCGAACUGCAUCUCCAUUGCGGCGCCGCAGAUCUACUUCGACAACAACGACGACUACCGAAAAGGCCAUGCAAUCUCCGCAGGGUGUCUAUUUGCAUCCAUGCUCGCAGCGUUCAUCCUCCGCACGCGGCUGGCACGCAAGAACAAGAAGAACGGAGUGCGCCUCCAGGCCAUGACCCAGGACGAGAAGACGGAGUUGUCGGAGGAGCCGGAGAUCGCGGACACGGAUCCGCGGUAUGUAUUCAUGGUGUAAGACGGAGAGCCGGCAGGACGCUAGGGCACAAGAUUACGAAGACAUCCUUUCACGAUCAUGUUGUUGUACAUUAGAGUCCUUUGCACGAUAUGCAUGAGCUGUACUUCCUAGAUGCAUG